AUGGACGUGUAUGCGGACGGUAAUUGCGCGAGCUCCUUGACGUCCUUUCAUGCCAACGGCGUCGAUGCAUAUGGCCUCUACGACUUUUGGGACAACUAUCGGCCAGGGUCCAUCUGGCUGCAUCAAUACGACACGCAGCUUACAACAUGUGAUGAAACCGGCGGCCAUGCUGGCAUCUACUUCACGUGUGCCUCAUACACGUGCCCAUCGGGGUACACGCAAAAGGCCAAUCCAUCAACUCUUUACGCAGUUGAUGAUGCGGCGGUACGGGAGAUCCUGAAAACUUGGACGCAGCUGAAUGCGCUGAACCUGUCGGAUUCCAACGCAAGCAACGAAAGCGGCCUUUUGGCCGAGUUCUCCCUGUCGACAGAGGUCGGCACCGUCAAGGUGGUAGCCCUUUCUCCGACCAUGGCUGCAGACAGCGUGGCAAUCAGCGCCGCAGACGAGAACUCAUCUGCCAGCGUAGAGGUUCCAGCCGACUUGCUGGCAGAAAUCUCGGAUGGGUCUCCGGUCUUGCUCAGCAUCACCCUCGCGACCGAGGACGUUGCCGCAAAGUUCAGCAACUUACCCGGCCCGGGAGACGCCGAAGGGGCAGACGCCCCAAUCAAGCUCGCAUCCAAGCCCCUGAUCUUCAGCCUGCGCGGAGUCGACGGCAAAGCCCUGGAAAUAGGGCGCAAGCUGCAGACCCCGCUGGUCCUGCGCCUCGAGGCCACGGACGCCGCGGCGGUGGGUGCUUACUGGGACGAGGAGGCUGCCCGGUGGUCCACCGAGGGCGUCCGAAACCUUGCGGCGCCUGAACGUCGACUCCGAGAAACUGUCGACACCAUCCUCGCCUUCGAGACUGACCAGUUGGCACCCAUGUUUGCCGGCAUCCUGCAAGCGCUGAGUUGCAGCACCUUCGCCCAAAUAGCCACGGAGACGGGGCUGCGCCGGAUGGCAAGGACGGAGUGGCUCACCCGUGCUGCGACCAUCGUCGUCUUUUGCUUCGUGGGGUUGUCCCUGCUGGCCUUGUGCGCCGCCCACCGACAAGACUGGAAGGCUCAGAAGGCGAUUGCCGAGGAAGACCGGCAUGCCCUGCACUUCCACACGCAAGAAAGCCUGAAGGAUGUUGGUGCCUGGUGCCCUUCCGGAGGAUGGCUUCUGAGCCAAUGCCGCCUUCUGGCGGGGACCCUCCUUAGGGUGGGCAGCUUGGGUGCAUUUGUCGGCAAGACUCUGGUCAACCACUGCAUCGAGGCCAUACAUUCGCACAGGAGCCGAGUGGAGAAGCAGAGCCUGCGUGCCCUUCUCCGCCACGGGAGCGGCAAGCUUCGGCGAUCCCAGACCAGAGACGCCAUGGAGAUACUGGGCAGGACUGGCACGGCGUCGCACAACCUGGACAUCCAUGGAACUGGCUUCUCCAGCGUGGAGGAGUUCGUGCAAGGCCCUUGGCACGUGCGGGUCCGGCUGCUGCUCCCGGCCAAACACCCUUGGUUGGCGCCACUCAGAUACUGCGCCUUCGUGCGCGCCUCCGUGCGCACGGCACUUCUCAUCCUGAAGUUGGCGGGUGCCGGAACUGUGGCCGCCCUUUUCUUCAGCACCGACGCACAGCUGGAUGACAACGACUCCCGCUGCAGCGUGGCGGACGACUUGAUUUCCAAGCUGAUGCGGAAAUUCUGGAUCAGCGUCGUCUCCUUGUUCGUUGGCGAUGCUGUGAUUCUCUUCCUCUUCCUUGUGCAGUGGCGGAGAACGGUUCGAAAGGAGUCGUGGACAGAUCGGAAGAUGGCAAGACAGCGGUGCGUAUGGCGACUGAGAAGCCUUUGCUUCUGGGUGCUCUCUGUGGCCUAUGCUGGCUGCUGCCUCUUCUACUGCCUGCUCUUCCUCGCCAACGUUACCCCGCAAGAUGGCUUAGACUGGCUGGAAGCCAUGGCCUAUGCCCUGGUACAGGACCUGGUUCUCGUGCCGCUGUCGGUGGCGGUGCUGCUAGGGCUUGCUGCGACGGUGGCCUUAGCCUGCAGUCGGCGUGUCAGAGAAGGUGCUGAGAAUCGGUGGAUUGAGGACAGCACCUUCUUCUCAUCCUGCCCUGCGGACAAGUUCAAUGGCAGAGGCGAACGCGGAGAGAACGCAAAUCAGGACGAGGCUCUCGGGGACAUCAAUGUCAUGGACCUUGUGGAGGAUGCAUCUUCCAUCGACGACGACUUGCUCGAGAACCUGGCAAGCUUAGUCCAGCUCAGCUUGGAUGAUGCCUCGUCGAAUCCCGAGCAGGCACUCGGAGUAGAUUCUGGCGACCCUGAGGGCUCGCUGGAGGAAUGGGGCAUGGAGAGCCAUGCCGAUUUUCUGCGCAUCUGA